GUUACUCAGUGCUGACAGACAGCAGCUGUUCCAUUGUGAAGUAUUAUAGACUGUGACAGGUAAAUGAUUCUUUUUAGCCACCAGCUAUCUUAAAACCUAUAAAUUAGUGUUCACCUUGUGGGCAUUAGGUGGUUUUAGAACAGACACCACCCUCAGCAGAUGCACUGUACUGUGUCACUAUCCAUUGAGUGAAAAUUACUUAUUGUAUAAAAUACUUAAGAUUGUUCAAGUCGUCGCAGUAGUCAACAGCCUUUCAUCUCAUUACUUGAACAGCUUUUGAAUGAAUGGACCUAAGCUGUGAAUUCUUUGAGAGACGUUGUGGGAUCUUACGAAUCUAGAUGCGGUUGACAUAAUUGUUUUCACCAUGGACUGGAAUAAAUAUCAACCAUUGUAACUAAGAAAUCUUGUACUCCACAUUAUGUUUUUACAGAAGUAUUUUAUCAAUUUGUAGAGAAAAACCACAAUUUUAAAGUCCUUUAUGCUGAUGGUUCCAAGUUGUGAGAGGCAGUCAGUUCACAGUAUUUGAUGCUGAGCCGUGUGUGAUCUGAAGGCAAUAAACUUUCUGGAAUAUAGCCAAAUCAAGAAUUUCCUCACCUGUCCAGAUUCCUUGUGUUCUCCCACAUAUUCGACAGAGAACUAAAUGGCACUGAUCAUGCAAAUUAAACUUACCUUGUUAUAACAAUAAGGGAGGUAAAGACUAUUCUGCUCAGUACCAGGGCAAGAGGGACUCCAAGGGAAGAAACCAGUGGACAGGACAGUAGGAGACAAUAUGGUGUUACUCAUUGUUAUGAUGCGCUGCCAUGCUACUGCAUGCUUUCAGCCCCCAUAGGAGUGGUCAUGUCUCGAUUGGAGAUUGAGUGGCUGGAGGUGCUAUAAGCAGCUACACCAGCCAAAGUACACUACAGGCCUGUGGAAGAUGAUGUUGAAGUAACUCUGACGGAAAGAAGUGGUAUUAUCAAGAUUAAGAACAAGAUAUUGGCACAAGACUUAUGUACUUAUCCUGGGGAGGACCCACAGAUUUCUGGUGUUUUUGGCAGACCACUUUUUAAUAUGCCAUAAUGCCAUAUUUUAUUGGACAGCACUCUUCAUUCUGACAAACUAGCAGCAGUUUGUUUGGAUUCUAGGUGACAAUGUUCCUGAGUACUUUGACACCAAAGUUCUAUGUAGCCUUGACUGGAACAUCAUCACUAAUAUCUGGACUGAUUUUGAUUUUUGAAUGGUGGUACUUCCGCAAAUAUGGAACAUCAUUUAUAGAACAGGUAUCACUAAAUCACAUCAGCCCAUGGAUUGGAGGUAAUGACAGUUGUGGAGAUAUCGCAAACAUACCAAAUAAUGAAAAUACCAUUGUCAAUAAUCAGCAGACUGUUCCAGAUUGCAAAGUAUGGAGAAAUCCAAUGAACCUUUUUCGUGGUGCAGAGUAUCAGAGGUAUUUUUGGGCCACUAACAAGGAACCUCUGACUUAUUAUGAUAUGAAUUUGUCUGCCCAAGAUCAUCAGACGUUUUUCACUUGUGAAGGUGAUUGUGGGAAGCCUGAGUAUGAAAUAAUGCAAACAGCGUGGCGGGAGCGUAAUCCAAUUGCUAGAAUCAAAGCUGCCCAUGAAGCUCUUGAGAAAAACAAUGAGUGCACACCUGCAUUUAUACUUCUGGCAGAAGAAGAUGCUACAACAAUCAGUGAGGCGGAAAGAACAUUUAAACAAGCAUUAAAAAUAGCUGAAGCAAAUUACAAGAAGUCACAGCAGUUGCAAAACCAGAGCUCUGUUGCAGAAGCAGUACAUCGUAGAGAUACAAAUGUUUUGCUUUAUAUAAAGAGGCGCCUAGCAAUGUGUGCAAGAAAAUUGGGAAGGGUCAAGGAGGCAGUAAAAUUGUUUAGAGAUCUAUCGAAAGAGGUUCCACCAAUUAUGAAUGUUCUCAAUGUUCAUGAGAAUCUCAUUGAAGCCUUACUAGAAAUGCAGGCCUAUGCUGAUGCACAGGCUGUCUUAGCAAAAUAUGAUGAUGUUACAUUACCCAAAUCUGCUACGAUAUGCUAUACAGCAGCUCUUCUAAAAGCAAGAGUAGUGGCCGACAAAUUUUCACCUGAUGUUGCAAGCAAACGGGGUCUUACAACAGCAGAAAUGACAGCUGUUGAAGCUAUUCAUAGGGCAGUCGAAUUCAACCCUCAUGUUCCAAAAUAUUUACUUGAAAUGAAACCAUUGAUUUUACCACCAGAGCAUAUUCUCAAAAGAGGAGAUUCAGAAGCAAUAGCUUAUGCCUUUUUCCAUAUACAUCACUGGAAGCAAGUGGAAGGAGCAUUGAAUCUUCUUCGUUGUACUUGGGAAGGCGCUUUCCGUAUGCUUCCAUUUCCCCUUGAAAGAGGUCAUUUGUUUCUUACAUACGAAACAUGUACAGAGUGUGCAGAUAGGGAGUUACUGCCUGCUGCAGCCUUCAGUGAUGUCAGCAUGUAUCCAAAGAAGGAGCUCCCUUUCUUCAUUCUGUUUACGGCUGGCCUGUGUUCCUUCACAGCCUUGCUGGCACUGCUUACACACCAGUAUCCAGAACCUAUGGGAGUUAUUGCAAAGACGAUCUGUAAUUCCAGUGAGGAGAAAUGAAGAAGAAAGGAACCAAUUGAAAGAAAGGUGUCUGUUGAUAUUGAAUUUGCAAGAUUUAUAGAUGGAUGAAAGGCAAUAUAGAAAUGAGGAAUUGACUGAUGUAUGUGUGGGUUACCUUGUUGGGAUCGUGUUUCAUUUUCCUAAAGAUAUUGUGUUCAAAGAAAUAGAGCUAACAAUUUUGGAAUGGGGUGUUGAGUAUCAGAAUGUUUGUACUUGGUCCAGGGACACUGCACAAACACCAGGAAUACAGAAGAUUGUAAUACUUUGCUAUAAUGCAAUGAAAGCCAGAACUCUACAGGUCAAAGUAAUAGAUGACUGAAAAAAUGUCUGUUUUCUAGAGGAACAACAAUGAAUGAAGCAUGCAGCAAUGGAAAGAGUGUAAUGUGAGUUUAAAAAAAAAACGUUUCAGAGUAUUGACUGCACUGACUAUGCAGAGUAUUUUUCUUGGCAGUUUAGUGUAAAAUAGUUUCCAGUUUACACAUGGCAACCAAGACAUUGAUCUCUUGCAAUAAGUUUUGAUGAUGUACUCAUAUAACUUCUGCUGACAGUUUGUCAACUUUUCAUAAGAUGCGAGACUUCUACCAAUGUGAAUGAUUUUUUUUUUUUUUUUUUUUUAUGAACAGCUUUACUUUAUCAAAGUUUGAAUGAUAGAUAAAUUUAUGUAAUAUGAUACAUAUGUAGAAUUUGAGAGGCAUCAGCUUCAUUACAGUUUGUCACCCACUUAGGCUCAUCUGAGCAAUAUUCAACACUAAAAUUCACAGUAGUGAGAAAGUGUGUUUUCCAGUUUUACUCAAAAACAGUUCUGGUAUGUAUAUGAAGUAGGAAAGUAAUUUUGUAUUUAUGGAGUAAGACAGUGACGAAAUAUUGUAUAAAAGGAAAUAGGAGCCCUUGUUUACAUUUUUUCAGUACUUUGGUUACUAUUUUGAAGUGAAAAUAUUACAGACUUCUGUAAAUAAAUUUAAAUAUUAUACUUUUUUUGGAUAUGCAUUAACACCUGUUCUGAUGCAACACUAGACAAAAUGCUAGAUGACUGUACAGGUUUUUAAUAACAAAGUUAAAGUUUACCAGCAACUGUUUUAUAGUAAAA